AUGGCCGCUAAAACUCAAGUCUAUAGUGCUCUUGUUCGCCCCCAGAUCAGCGCAAUUUUUCGGGCGCGGCGGACGCCUUGGCCGGCCCAAGCGGCCGCAAAGUUCCCCUUCCAUGUUCCCCCCCAGCUUCUAGCCGAUCGCGCGUUGACAUCCGCCCACCGCUGCGCCGCCCUCCGCCCUUUCCUCGUCUUGUCGCGCGCAUCCAUCUCGGAAGCUCACAACGAGACGGCCGAGCUCUCGCUGCAGCAGCAUCUCGAAAUCUCGCCAGACCUGAUCGCGUACCCGCCGCAAAUCGCCACGGAGGCGGACUCCGAGCCGCUGAUGAUGGCACAGCAGGUGCCUCAUCAGGCGACGGACAGGAAGCGCGUCAAAGUCUACGAGCUACGCAAUAACGACUGGUUCGACAGAGGCACCGGCUUCUGUACCGCAUCCUUUUCGACCGACAAUGGACGCAAGUAUCCUCGCGUCAUUGUCGAGUCCGAGGACCAACCCGAGCGACUACUUCUCGAGACCAAGAUCCAAAAGGAGGAUGGCUUUCAGAAGCAGCAGGAGACGCUCAUUGUCUGGCAGGAGCCAGGGAGCGGUGUCGAUAUGGCGCUAAGUUUUCAGGAAGCAGAAGGCUGCGCCAACAUUUGGAGAUUCGUCAACAACGUUCAACAGACUUUCCAAAACAGCCUCGCCGGAGCCGAUGACGCCCUUUCCGAUGACCUCACCGUGGAGAUGAACCAGCACCAAGUUAACCUCCCCGCGGCCGAACUGGGGAACCUGUCCGACAUCGACCAGGGCAUGCGUAUCAUGAGCAACACUGCCAACGGCCGCGACGCCCUUGCUAAGUUCAUCAUGGCCGAAGAUUACAUCGGCAAGCUUAUUCCCCUCGUCGAGAUGGCAGAGGACCUCGAAAGCCUACCAGAUCUGCACCGACUCUGCAACAUUAUGAAGUCCGUUAUUCUUCUCAACGACACCACCAUCAUAGAACAUGCCGUUUCCGAUGAAAACGUUUUGGGCGUCGUUGGAGCCCUCGAAUACGACCCAGACUUUCCCAGCCACAAAGCCAACCAUCGCCACUGGCUGGACAACGAAGGCCGCUACAAGGAAGUCGUGCCUAUUGAGGACGGAAUGACGCGACGCAAGAUUCACCAGACCUACCGACUUCAAUAUCUCAAAGAUGUUGUCCUCGCCAGAAUUCUUGAUGAUCCCACCUUUUCCGUUCUCAACUCCCUCAUCUUCUUCAAUCAGGUCGACAUCCUCCAACACUUGCAAACCAACGGUGAAUUUCUCAACGACCUCUUUGGCAUCUUUACCGCGUCACAGCCUGACCACAAGCGUAAAAAGGAGGCUGUUUUGUUUAUACAGCAGUGCUGUGGUAUUGCCAAGACGAUCCAGCCUCCCGCGCGCCAAACUCUGUACAACAACUUCAUCGCGCACGGCCUGCUCCAGGUUAUUCAUUUUGGGCUUCGCCACGACGAUGUCGCUGUGCGCGUCGGCGCCACUGAUAUUCUUGUUUCCAUUAUCGACCACGACCCGCAAAUGAUUCGGCAGACGAUAUACCGCCAGAUGCACGACAACCAGCCCUCAUUAACCGAUUCGCUGAUAGAGCUCCUGCUUGUGGAAGUUGAUCUCGGCGUAAAGUCUCAAAUCUCGGAAGCUGUCAAGGUCAUACUUGACCAGGGCGUGCAAGGCCAGGGCCCCGAGGUCAUGACUAAGGUUAAUGGCGAGUUCAUGGGCCGCCCGAGACCACAUCAAUCUGCCGAUCCCCAGCAGGAACUGUUCCUGACUCGCUUCUAUGAUCGUUCAGCUACCAAGCUCUUCAAACCGCUCCUCGACUUGGAACACGACACAGACAUGAACUUUUCCGUUCAGCGAGCUUCCAUGUUCAGCUACCUCAUCGAGAUUCUCAGCUUCUUCAUCCGCCAACACCACCGUUUCAGCCGCUACUUUGUCAUGAAUAACAACAUCGUGGAGCGUGUUGUCCACCUCAUCAAGUCGCCCGAGAAAUACCUCCGACUUGUCGCUAUUCGCUUCUUUCGCUGUCUCAUUGGGCUGCAGGAAGAAUUCUACAUGAAGCAGAUUACAGAAAAGCGCGUGCUUGGACCAAUUCUGGAUGUUCUCAUUGACACACUACCUCGCGAUAACUUGCUCAGCUCUGCUUGCCUUGAGCUUUUUGAACACAUCAAAAAGGAGAACAUGAAGGAUCUGGUCAAGCAUCUCGUCGAAAGCUACAGAGACCGCCUGGCCGAGCUGAGCUACAUGGCGACCUUUCGCGAAAUAGUCUUACGCUACGAUCAAACGCAAGGCUUCACGACAGAUGUUGAAUACUUUUUGGAAUCGGAAGAGGACAUGACAAGACGUCAACCUCCCAAUGCGAGAUUAAUGGAGCAUAUUACGGUUGACCCGCAAGAGGAAGAUUACUGGGAGGCGUCGGACCCGGAAGACGAUGGUGAGGAAAGUCAAAGUGCCAAUAGCAACAGCAACGGCUCGACGUCGUCGAAACCCCUGGUCGACUAUCCGUCUGACGAAGAGGGCGACGAUGCCGCUGCUGACCAAGACGCCAUGAAGGACGAAAUCGGGGACAACGGGGCAUUCUCCCCAGUAGAAGAGGAGCCUGUGGCGCCACCUCCAGAGCGUAUAAGCGAGAAGCGGAGACGCGAAGAGGAUGAGGAUGAAGACGAGCUCGGAAAGCUCGUGGCCAACAAGCGCCGCAACAGCGGUUCCGCGGACACCAACUCGGCCACAUCCAGUAAGGCCAGUCAGCGCCGAAGAAGCUUCUCGGCCGGCGCCGGCAAUGCCAAAUCCAGCAAGAUUGCCAUUAGUCUAUCCCCUACCCUCAAGAGCGGCGGAGACUUGAGAUCAGACGACGAAAUAUGA